CUCGAGAAACGUCACGAACAGCUGAUUGCACAAAUCACGUGUACCGUGCACACGUGCGAACGCAAAACAAGCGUUGUUUGUGUAAGAAAACAAGAAAAAAAAUCUGAACAAUGGUAAGACACAAGAUACCAGCGAAGAAGCACCGGGGUGUGAAGGAUCCUGGAAAACAGCGCGCUAAGCGUCUGGCAGAGUUAGCAACGUGCACGAAUACCGCGCCGAAGGACAUAAACGAGCAGGAAAUCCCGAAGAGUUUGGAACGUGUGAUUAAGUUGAAGGAAAUAGCAAAGAACAGUAGCAUUCUGAAGAAAAAGCGAAAGAAGAAAAAGAAUGCGCUUAUAUGUGUGGGUCAGCAACAACCUAAAGCGAUGCAUCCGAAGGCGAAGCCGGAAAAAGUCGUGCCGGUGUUUCAGCAGCUACCGGGCGAAUCGGGUCAAAAAUUCAUGCACCGAGUGUGUAAAGAUACGCACUCCUUUCUCAAAGAGACCCAAUUUGAGAGGAAAUAUAACGUUCAAAUCGAGCGUGAUCCCGAAAGCGGUGAAAUACAAGGCUUAAAAAAAUGCAAACGUGAAGACAUUGAUAUUGAAAUGUUGCAGGCUAAGCACAAGAAUAUCAAAAAGAAGAAAAAGACAAUCGAAGGACCCAAACCUCUGACAAAGAAGGAAAAGCAGAGACUAAAACUGAAUAUGAAGAAACAAAAACAAUUGGAAGAUGAUGAGUUUAAAAUGAUAGAGGACAAAGUUGCCUUCGGCGAAGUAGCACAUGAGCCGCCUAAGUUAAAAAUCAAGUCGAAAGACAUCAAUGAAGGCAGAAAGCCCAAAGGAUUGCUCUUGCAUUCUCUGUUAGAAGAUGCAAAAACUGUUUCUUCCAAUUCCAGAGUGAUCGAUAGAUCUGGAAAGAGAAAGAAUUUACCUGUUGCAGAAAGGAGAAAGUUAGAGAAACAACAAAGCGAAGCUAUUGCUUCUUACAGAAAAUUGAGAUCUCAACAAUCAGUUAACAAAAGCUGAUAUCUGAAAUAAAAAAAGAAACGCA